GACUUGCACAAUAUUCUCCUGAAUGGACCAGUGACUUUCGAACCCACGACAUAAAUGAAAAUGAACCACAGUAUAUGUCAACCAAAGAUAGUCAUACCCAGGGAGCAAUAGCAAGCAGACUAUAUUAAUCGAAAAACGGAAAAAACAAAAGCAACCACUAUAACCCGCUAUUAUAACCAUCAGCGUCGGCCGUCAGGUCAGUUUCUUCUGUUGGAAAAGCUUCUCCUGAACGGUCUCGAUAUCUGGUUAACAGUUGUUAAGAAUGGAAAUUGGGCAUUGUUAUCUAGAAGGCAAUGUUGAUGCGGUAGAGUUUUGUCCACAUGAAUUGUUUCAUCAAGUUUUAGCUGUUUCGACGUAUACACUACAGGAGGGUGAUCAGCCGAAUCGAUGUGGAAGUAUAUCACUUUUCUCGGUUGAUGCUGAUUCAAACCAACUUGAUAUGUUUCAUCAAGUUGAGACAUCUGGAAUUUUUGAUAUAAAAUGGAAUUCCGUUGGAGCCAGUCCAUUGCUCGCACAAGCCGAUGCCAGUGGUCACCUGAGGUUACACAGUUUAGGAAGUGGUUCAAACGGAUCAGAAAAUGGAGGUGCAUCUGACUUUGAAGUGCUGAAAGAAGUUUGUGGAGAAAUGGUUAGCUCCUCCAUGUGUCUGUGCCUUGAUUGGAACCCAUCAGCUACAUCCAUUACUGUCGGGCUUUCAGAUGGUUCCAUAUCUGUGCUCACUCUUGCGGAGUCUCAACUAAAGAUUCAACAAUCAUGGGAAGCACAUGAGUAUGAGGUCUGGGCUGCCAAUUUUGACACCCAACAACCAAAUUUAGUGUAUACAGGCUCAGAUGACUGCAAAUUUUGUUGUUGGGAUCUGCGAGAGAAUCCUUCAAACUUGGCCUUCCAAAACACGAAGACUCACCAAAUGGGUGUGUGUUGCAUUACUAAGGACAGAACAGAUCCAAAUGUACUAUUGACCGGGAGCUACGACGAGCAUUUAAGGAUAUGGGAUGUGAGAUCAAUAUCAAAGCCAGUAAACGAGAGCUCCAUAUGUUUAGGAGGGGGAGUAUGGAGACUGAAGCAACAUCCAUCAAUACCAAGUCUGGUUCUGGCAGCAUGCAUGCACAAUGGAUUUGCAGUUGUUAGAGUUGAAGGGGAGAAAGCUGAAGUCUUGGAGACUUACAGUAACCACAAAUCUCUUGCUUAUGGGGCCGAUUGGCAAAGAGGACCAUUAAGAAAGAAAGAUGGAAUAGAAAGGCCUGUGGCGGCUACAUGUUCAUUUUACGAUCGACUUGUUCGAGUAUGGCUACCAGAGAAGGAGAUGGUUCUAAACACUAUGUAAGUCACUGAAAUGUGCCAUACUUUUUCAGUUUUGGGGAGACUUUUCAUGUCUAGCUAUGUCUUUGGCUAGCCUUAGGUGACUCCAACAAGAAGGGAUUGUACUAGGAUUGAUUUAUAUCUUUAUAGAUACGUAAGUUUCAUGUAAGAUGUAACGAAAGGUACGUAUGAUUUCAUAGGAUUAUUAGUGGACAAUGAUUUCAUAGGAUUAUUAUCAAUGGAUGAAAUGAAAACCUCCCAAGUUCAGUCA